CCCGCGCGCUGCGGCCAGGGCGGCGCUGGGGGCCGCGGCAGGGGAGGGGGCAGGGAGCGGACGCGGAGCCUCCUCCCGGGCUGCUCUUCCGCGGCCGGACGGAGAGCGGCACUGUGUCCCCGCGGCGCACGCUCCGCCGGAGCCUCCCCCUCUCCCCGGCCGCCGCCGCCGCCGAGUGGCUCCCGGUCGCUGCCCCUCCCCGAGCGGCGGCCGCCGCCGCCAGAAGCGCCGAGCCGAGGCCUGGAGGCGCGGCGAGAGGAUUUCUUUGCCCAAUUCCCCAUAUGAUGGAAUGAAUCUUUUCGUGACCAGCAUGGAUAUGAGAACAUUUUCAAGAUGGUUAAGGAUUGCGACGAGGAACAAAGUGAAAGAACAAGAGGGAGCAUCCACUUCUAUUGACAUCUAAUUUAUAUGUUCGACAGUAUGGUUUCCUGACAGAAGAGUGCAUUAUAUUUUUUAACUGCAAAAUCUUUAAUAAAUGUGCCAUCAGUGCUGGUUUUCAAAAGAUGAAAAGGGACCCACUGCGGGGCAACUCAAUGAAGCUCAAAAUCCCUUACCUAGGUGUCUCUCACCUGCAUUGAAGGAAAGGACUUCAGCAGUUUAAAUGUGAUUGCCAGAUGUGAUUGCCACUUGGCUGGAAACUACCUUUAGUGCAGCUGGUGGAGAGAAAGCUUAUUGUCUGGGAAUUAUGAACACAGUCUUAAAGCUAGUUUUCGAAACUGUUGUUUUUCUUUUCACUGGAAAGGAAAGCUGAAUGUGGUUAGUAAGAUGCUGGGAUAGCGACUUGAGCUUUUCAUCCAUCCCCUUGCUAUGCGAGGCAGGCCCACUUCACUAUGCGCUAUUGUUCUGUCUGUGAAACAGAAGAGAAAAAGGUUGUUAAAACUUGAAAGUCAUUUUAUAGAGGAUGCCAGUCUCUUUAUAUCUCUUUUCUUCUUCAGAAUGCUUGGUUAAGAGGUGAAGUUGACAGUGCCACCGGAGUAUUGCUUUUCAUCAGUGCUGAAAUGAAACAGCUGUUUGCUUUAAUUGGAUGUGUGUAGAACGGUGGUACCCAGAAUUGGCUAGUGAACCUCUGAGUAUAUUGCAGCCUCUGGCUAAUUGUCUAGAAUUCCAUUUCAGUGUGUUCAGCAUAGCCCUGCUUUUCUAAAUUGUUAUGGUAUUACAACUGCCUUUUAAUCUUGGGAAAAAAUCUCAUUUGUGGCUAACUACAGACUGAUUCAUAUUAUAUUAUAUUAUUCAGAACCUACAGAUGUGGCUGACCUGCAAGUUUGGCUGUUGAAGCAGCCUCGACUCUUAGAUUAUUGAAAAUUAUUUCUGUUUUCUUAGUAAACUAAUUUUCCAAAAGAGAAAUUUGAAUAUCUGAAAAUACAAGCCCCUAGUUAAUGUCCUCUUUAAAGUUCAGGACAUGCUCUUAAAAGCAAGUGAAUAAUUUUUCCUUUCAGUUGAGUAUAUUAGCAUUAUCUCUCAUGUAAUAAAAAUUGACAGUAUAAUAACAGUGCAGUGUGCUUUAUGUGGUCACAGGCUUCUAUUUUUUUAUGCUUUCAUUGUGCUUGGUAAUAUCUACAGAGAUCUUGCCCAGGAAUCUGUCUUGGAAUUACACUUGACAAUAUGGUGGUAAACAAAGGCACUUCCAUCAAAAUAUCUGUCAGCAAUGGUGACCAUGGUAAAUACCUUAUUUAAAAAGAAAUCAUGGGCAAUGCUGAUCUAUCAUUUUGAUAGGUUUAACAAUUAACAGAAUUUUGCUAAGACUUUAAAGAUCAAACAAGGGGACAGUGUUGAUCUAUGCUGUGACCUGGAUGUAGUGCAAGUCAGAAGGCGUUGACCUAUGUGCAAAUUCUGAGGUGACUGCUGUUUUUUCUGCCCACUAAGGCUUCACUGAAUUGUUUACUUCUGGCUGCUUUGUAGUCUACAUGUUUCUUUUCAGAAUCUAGGAGUUUUUCAAAAUUAUCCAGGCAGUGGGUCAAAGAACUUAUUUUUUUCAAAAUUAUGAAAAGCACAUUCUUAUUUUGAUACCUGUUCUUUUAUUAGGGGCAAAGCAAACUUCGGUUCAGAAAUGGCUGUCCAAGAAAAUAAAGGAAGAGUUCUAAACUGAGCAGUCAACUUGCAAUAAAAUAUGUUCUAUAGCAAAAAAUUGCGAGUUUAAGAAUAUUUUGUUUUCUGAACUAAAGAGAAAAGUAAUAAUAUACAUUUUGAAGAAUUUUUUAAUCUGCAGAAGGAAAAGUUGAUUUUGGAAAACCAGAGGUAACAUUUCAAGUAAAGCAGGGAGGAAAAACAGAUGUGGAUCUAUUUCUUAAAUACCUACUUGAUCUAAAUCUCCAUGUUUAUUUCAGCCUUUUCCUCAAUAAUAUAUUGGAUAAAAGGUUAAGAGAUGUGGAACCAGCAAGAAGUCUAACACUUAAAAUUUGCAUUUAUUAGAUUUUUUUUUAAUUCUAAUAAAUUAAAAACCUUUACCUUUUUACUGUGAUUUUUCUGUUGUGUUUUUCUUAUUUCCCUGUAAUAAUAUUAAAGAUUUGUAGUAAUGCAUUUCUGAGAUUUUUAGGUCUCAGGAUCACUUCAGCAGAAACUUAGCUUGAAAUCAAGAAUUAUGAUAAUUGCUGAUACAAGUAGACUCUUUUCCUUUAAAACACAGUAUUCUUUGUAGCAUGUUAACAAUAAGAAAAAUAAAAUGUUGGUGGAUUUGGAGUGGCAUACAAUGAUGAGGAAGGUGAUAGUGAGUAUGUGAUUAGUUGCAAUAAACAGUUUAGGCCUCAAUAAUACUGAAGUAAUGCAGUGUAAUUUGUUGAUUUAGAUUCAGGCAGACUUAAGUGUGUGGAUUUGUUAGUUUAUUAUUUAUCUUAAUGUGUAAUGGGAUAUACAGUCCAAUGUACAUAGUACCUGGGAAAGGAAAAUAUUUUAGUGAAGUAAGAAAAUCAGUUAUUAAAAGACCUAGCUAAAGAGGAUGUUGCUUAGCAGCGGUUCCUUACGGGAUUGGUUUUUUUAUAAGGGACUUGGAUUGAAAUGUUAGCAGCACUUGGAAUAUUCUGGUUAAAAUCUCUUGCAGUUUAGUAACAUCAAGGUGUGUGAAUAGCUUCUCCCUUGCAGGAUCUUUCCUUUGUCACUGAACCUUUUAUAGUGGAGAAGAAUCACAUUUUUAAGCUCUGACACAUUUUACUUGAAGUUAUGUCUCAACCUGUUUUAUGGGCUGGAGGAUGAAUCAAAGGAAUAGGAGUUUGAUAUCCAUGACUUGCUGUAACUUUGUUUCUCUCUCUUUUUUUUUUUUAAUUGUUUUGUUGAAGUACUUUGUGACAGUAAAGAAUAGUAUAAUUUGUUUCCCAGACUGUUGUUCUACAAGUAAACAUGCUGACUUUCAUUCAGAUAAUUGAAGUGGAGCUAAUCAAAGAUUAACCAAAAAAAAAGUGUAAUUAAAAAAUGUAGUUCCAAUUGGCCCAAAUCAGUCUGGCUAGCUAGCAUCUUCCACUUUUGUCUCUCCUUUAUUUUUGGAACUCUGCCUCGUCCUUUUCCUGUGCGUUGCUUUGCUUCUGUCAUGUAUUUCAUUCUUCCUUAACCUCUUCAUUGUUUGAUAUCUGUCUCAUCUACCUAAGGUCCAAAUACAUAUGGUAGAAACUCCUGGGAUCCUGGAGUUGUCUGUUUUUCUUAUUAAAAAAAAAAACAAAACUAUGACUUGGGAGUGUAAGAGUCCACCUCUUUGUAAAUGAUGCUUCUCAUAGUUACUAGAAGAGAUUGCUAGAGAAUAGCAGAAAAGUGCUGUCAGAAUCUCAUGUUGAUCUGGCAUUGCCAUUUGCGUGCCAGUGAUCCAGGGAGGGAAGGACUGCUUAGUGCUGGCAUGGAUUUAUCUGUACAUGUUAAAUUGUUCAUCACUGGCAGAAUAAACAUUAUAUAGAAGCAGGCAUUUUGUCCUAUUCAGUAAUUGUUAUCAACAGACAGUCUUCACUGUAAUUCAGACUUCAGAUUCUCUCACUUACCAAAGUUUGUCAGUCUACUGAAUAGUUCUUUGUAAAAGUUAAUAAUGGUUUUAGUAUUAUGAGCUUCACUAGAACACAGCAGAGCUCUGGUUUUAUUUAAUAUGAAGGAAAAAACCAUACUGUUUGUUUAUACUUCAAUAAGUAAUUGCUUUCCUUUUCUGUGCAGAGGUAGUGUAAUAACUGCAGUGAUUCCAGAUGCUGUGAUACCAAAUUAGAUUAACUAAGAGUAUUCAAAGGUUUUAGGGAAGAAGUGGGGGAGGAGGGCAGAAGCCUCUUCCCACUUCAUGAUUCUCACUUCAUGAUUCCCACUUCAACCUCUAAAACGUUUUCAGCAACUAAGCCCCCAGAAUCACAGAAUUGUUGAGGUUGGAAGGUGCUUCUGGAGAUCACCUAGUCCAACCCGCUACUCAAAGAAGUGUCAGCUAGAGAAGUGUGUGCAGUCGUGUUUUGAAUAUCUCCGACAGUGACUCCAGAACCUCUGGGCAAUCUGUGCCAGUGUUUGAAGACGGAACAAUUUCAAUUGUUUACUUUUAGAAAUACCAGAAAUGGGAAAAACAGUCGUGUUUUGGAAGAGUUAUGGAUGAUUUGGAGAUGUUUGUUAUGUUUUCCAGUACUUUUGUAAAAGGAGCAAAGGUUCUGAAUUUUUAACAAUAUAAGGUUUUUUGUAAUGUUAACUCAUCAUCAGUAGGUGUUAAUAGAAAAGUGUUUUGAAGUGUCUGCCUUGUAUCACUUCUCUCACUUUUCUGGACUUUAUAAACUCCAUUUUAUUUGUUUUACUUUCCAGAUAUAGGUUGAAUAUCAAGUUAGGUGGAAAAUAAGGCUGCUAUUUUGCUGCCAACCAUUUGAAAGAAGAAGGCAGCCUCCUACAGAAUGCUUUUCUGGAUACCUAUGGAUUUUUUUGGAACUUUUUGUUAUCUUAAGAGGAGACAUGUGGAAAUGUGACUGUGUAUCUUGUAAAAAUUUCUCCAUUCUCUUCCUUCUAGGUCUGCCAUUUCUGAUGUGCCCUUCCUGGUUAGGACAGGUUUCUUGUGAUUUCUAAGCUUGGUACUGUCAAACUCAGGUGGAUAAACUAAAACGAAGACAAGCUGAUUUUGGAAAACAAAAUGCCACGGAAAAGGAAAACUGGUGGGAGUCCCUCUUUGAAAAAUGGGAAUUUUGACAGAACUGCUGUUGCUGUAUCCCCUCAAGGAGAUCCAAGACCUUCAGUAUCGCAAGCAAUCUACAGUGUCAAUAAGGAAGAGCUCUUCAAUAGCAUGUCAGAAAUGUUUUCUGAUCUGGAUCCUAGUGUGGUUUAUAUGGUUUUAUCUGAAUGUGAUUUUAAAGUAGAAAAUGCUAUGGAUUACCUGCUAGAGCUGUCCACCCAUGCGAAAGGAGUAGCAUCUCCAAAAAUCUCAAGUUUUGAUUCAGUAGUGUCAUCAGUAGCUCUUGCUAAUCAGCAGAGGUCUGUUAUGAAUGAAAGAGUGGGGGAAAGUACUGCAGAAGAAAAUAAUUCUGAAGAAACAGAAGAGGUCCUAUCACAUGACGUACAGCUGACUGAAGAAUUGGAUUCCUUAAUAGAGAAUGCUUUUGUGAGAUACAGCUUGGGUAAUGAAUUGCCUAAUUCUGCAAAUGACCAAAUCAUACAUAAACACUCUGUGGAACAUGACAGUUUUAGUGGCUUUAAUGAAUUUUCUGAGUGGGAAAAACCUGAUUCAGGUUGCAAUGCCCUGCUAUUUCCACAGCAAAUGGAGACAAAUAAUGAGAAUUUAGAAAAAUUCUGCUGUUCUCAGCCACCUGUGAGUGAGCUGAGCAUCUACACACAAGUUAGUUCACCAGCUGAAUUGGACCCAUUUGCACAGAUGUUGGAAGAUCCUGGUCUAUCAGAAAUGGGUGUUCAUGAUGUAGCUCCAGAAGUCUGUAAACAAGCGAAUGGAGACAUGUCAUGUGGAAAUUCUGAUCAGACACAAAAUACUAUUUCAGACCAUGAAAGUGUGACUGCUGCUUCUGAUCAGUCCUCCCAGAGACCUAUGGAAUUUAUAAUAGCUGUCCCUGAAAAUCCUAAUGCAAAGUGCCUGGAACAGCACAAAGAGGUAAUGACUGCCUGUAACAGCCACCAGAGCACUUUUCUACCAGAGAUGAAUGUCUCUCUUGAAAGAUCUCAUUUCAAAGCACCAAAACUUGUAGAUUUUCAGCAAUCUCAGCAGGGAUAUAACUUAAAUUUUUCUACACCGUCAUGUCAAACUCAGCAGCAUUGGAAUCUCAUGGCUCCCCAGUUUUAUCCGUCCAGUGGAAGUCACAGCUUUGUAACUCCUGUGGCUGUUAGUCCGGGCCAGUGGAGACCUGUUUCAGACUAUAAGACUUUUGAAGCAAAAGGACUUUUUUUUUCCUCUCCAGUAGUUUCCAAUGCCUGGGAUAGCAAUCCUUCUUUGAAGGUAUGGGGAAAUCAAGAUAGAAACUCAAAAUUGAACCACUCGCAAGCACAGCAGCCACCUGUUUGUCACAUGAUGAGAAAAAAGAUGCACCUUAUAGGUCAAGUACUUGUUCUUCUCAGAGGUGUUCCAGGAUCAGGAAAAACAUUUUUGGCAAGGGCUUUGCUUGAAGAUAAUCCAGGUGGAAUCAUUCUUAGUACUGAUGAUUACUUUUGUAAAAAUGGACAAUACCAUUAUGAUGCCAAUUGCUUAGGGGAAGCACAUCACUGGAACAGGAAACGAGCCAAAGAAGCAUUUGAAAAGAGACUCUCUCCUAUAAUAAUAGACAACACAAACAUACAAGCAUGGGAGAUGAAGCCUUAUGUUACUUUGGCUCAGCAGUUCAAAUACAAAGUCAUGUUCCGAGAGCCAGACACUUGGUGGAAGUUUAAACCAAAAGAACUUGAAAGGCGAAACAUUCAUGGUGUAUCUAAAGAAAAGAUCAAAAGAAUGUUGGAACGGUAUGAAUGCUGCCUUUCUGUUAGUUCAGUCUUGAAUUCUUCAGUCCCAGACAAAUCAGAAGCUGCUGGGUGGAGCGAAGAUUCUUGUCAGGAAGAAUGCUCUAGAAAGAGGGAGACCCAUUCUGGUGUAAAGGAAGAAAGACCUUUUGCUUCUGAACUGGAGCCUCUUGAAUUAGCUGAAGAUAAAAAACCUUUGUCUGCUACUUCUUUAACAUUAGAAAGUAACUUUGCUCCUGAAAGUUUUCAGAAAGAAGGCAAAGAACUAGAAAAGAACUCAGUGGAACACAGUUCUGAGAACAAGACUGUUCAAGAUGACUUGGAUAUCUAUUUGUCAGAUUGUGAAGAAAAAGUGCUGCCUUUGGAGAAAAAAGAAGAAAAAGGAGAAAAAAUAGAAGGAAUUAUUGAAACAGAAAUGGUUGAGGUCGAUAUGACCAGCUCUGAAGGGACUGUAUGCUUGCAUAUGCCUUUUUCUGAAAGAGUUGAAGAACAUAGUGAUAAUGUUGUCAAACUUAAAACCGAAAAUGAACAAUAUGGUAAAAUACAUGCAGAACCAGAAUUAACACACAGAAAUAAUGUAGUUGAACCAAGCAGUUCAGCUUUGGACACAUCAGGAAAACCAGAGUUACUAAACUUUCUGGGGGAUUGGCCUGUAGAACAAACAAUGGGACAGAGAGUCAAAAGACCUAGAAGACUAGAAAAAUCUUUGAAGAGUGAUAAGGAAGGUAAAAUUCCCACUCAGCCUCCUCUUGAAUUAGGUAAGGAACAAGUGGGCCUACCUGGUACUUGUAGUAUUGAAAAAGGACUGGAGGAAGAAAAAUCGUCUUUUAGUUCAGAUAAAAUUGCACCAGAAUUGCAAGCGGUAGGACGUUGGCCUCUCUCAGGCUCUUUAGAACAGAGACAACAAAGGUCAAGGAGAAUGAGAAAGACAAGUCUAAAUCAAUCAGAUGAAGGUAGAAAUACUAAAGAUGACAUUAAUAGAAAUGCUCUUGACACAAUAGAUGUGCUUCGUGGGACACCUGUGAACGCUUUGGAGCUGCAGGAUACAGAGAGAUUGCAUUUUCACCAACCUGAAACAGUAGCUAGUGGAAUAAUCAAUGAGAAAAAAACCCAGCAAAAUAAGAGAACGAGGAAACAUCACAAAUUAGCUCUCACUUUUACAAACAACAAUUUGCCUCCUCCCAAAGCAGAGGAGCAGUUGUCUGUGCUUAACUCCACAGAAGAGAAACAUGACACGUGCUCAUGUAGACAAGUAAGCAGCCAUUCACAGACUGAAUCACAGGAUUUUGCUCUCCUAUGGAGACUAGAAAAGAAAAUGCUUUUUCCUGAGAAUACCAAAGUGUUGCAUGGCAGACUAGAUGGCUUCAGACCCAAAGAUGUAGAUAGUGCCUCAGAUUCUCAGGAAAAAAUACCUUAUCGAGUUACUUAUGAUAAAAGUACAUUCGUGGAGGAAAGUGAACUUAUCAAUAUCGAUGAGUCUGAAAAGUUAAAUAUGCUGUGCAAGCUCUUUGAGUCUUUUUCAGUUGAAGCUCUGAAAGAUUUGUACGAAAGAUGCAACAAAGACAUUGACUGGGCCACAGGUCUGCUGUUAGACUCUGAUGAAAAGCUAUGCAAAGAUGUCGAUACUGAAUGCUUGCAGGUAAGAGAAGCCGAGACAGUUGUCACAGACCUUGAUUUCAAGGCAAAUGCAAACUGUGGUGAGAAUCUCAAAAAUUCUGAACAAACUCAGCAAAUAAUUGGGGCUGAAGAUCUUUCUGAGCCUUCAGAAAACAAGAACUCAUCAAUCAGCGUUGCAGAAGGCAGGACUACCACAGUAAUUGUGACAGAUGCUGAUAUAUCUGACUCAUUAACUACUGUCUCCGUGAAUGAUUCAGUGGAACACAAAAAUUCCAGUGAUACAGCUCCUAGAACUGAUGCAGUUAGCUCAGCAGCAGAUAUCACUGAGCAGUCCGUUUCAGAAAUGCAGAAAAUAGACAAGCAACCUAUGAGUACUGUUGAGGAAACAAAAAAUAAGCAGUCAGGUUCUCAACUUGAUGUAGGUUUAUGUGUACCUGUGACUUUACCUCAUGGUCUUUACACAACUUCUACCAAUUUGAAAUUCAAAUUAAAUAAUGAAAGUGACAAUAACUCUUCAGAGAGCUAUGCAGAGUAUGUCAAAGUAAAUAAUACAACUGCUUUGUUACGGGAAAUGAAUCAAACAUCUCAGAAGGAUCCUACAAGUGAUAAAGAACUGGAAUCUGAUAAAGAAACCCAGUGGAGUUCCAGGGAGACAUUUGGUAAAGAAGAAAGUGAAACGCCAAAUUGGAAUGAAGAUAGAACCAAGAUACAAAACCCUUUGCCAGUACCAUCUGCAGCCUUCAGUAUAGACUGCCUAGAGCUAACAUUACCUCCUGAACUGGCACUCCAAUUGAAAGAGAUAUUUGGGCCUGUUGGCAUUGAUGCAGGAUCACUAUCUGUUGAGGACUGUGUGGUUCAUAUUGAUCUGAAUCUGGCAAAAGUGAUUCAUGAGAAAUGGAAAGAAUCUAUUCUGAAGCGUCAGAGGAGAGAAGAUGAAUCAUGCAAGUUGUUUGCAGAAGGUCCCACUCUGAGUCAGCAGAUAGAUAGAUAUGACUCAGAAAUGCAGUUACCUCAGAACACAGACAGUAAAACACAGAGGGAAAAAUCCGGCUGGGUUUCAGACUCAUCUAAUGACAUUCAGACUGAAAAAUCAGCAACAUCAGAAGUCUUUCCUUUUAUGGAUCACUGGAACGCUCAGAUUCAGAAAGUUUCUCUCAGACAAAUAAUAUCUGAAGAAAUAGCCAUGCAGGAGAAACAGGAUCUCAAACAUGUUCCUUCCAUGGCAAGAAAAGACUGUGCUGCCAAGCUAAAGGAGAAGCAACUUUUUGAGAUGUUUCCAACCAUCAAUCAAAAUUUCUUAAUGGAUGUCUUCAAGGACAACAACUAUUCUUUAGAACAGACCGAACAGUUUCUGAAUUGUGUUCUGGAGGCAGAUCCUGUAAAAACAGUUAUAGCUCAAGAAAGUGUUCAGCAAAAUGAAACCAUUCCUUUCUGCAGUGCUGCAAAGAACCGGGAGAAGAAGGCAAAAAAAAGUAAGGAAGAGGAUGAUGCUCUGAGUGAAAUGGUAUUCCAAGACUUUGAUUAUCCACAAUAUGAUGAUUUCAGAGCAGAAGCUUUUCUUCACCAACAGAGGAGACAGGAAUGUUUGAAAAAGGCUGGGGAAGCCUAUCGCAUGGGUAUGAAACCUGUGGCAGCAUUUUAUGCACAGCAGGGUCGCCUUCAUGAGCAGAAGAUGAAAGAAGCCAACCAUGCUGCUGCUGUGCAAAUCUUUGAGAAAGUAAAUACUUCCCUGCUGCCUAUGAAUGUGUUGGAUCUGCAUGGUCUUCAUGUGGAUGAAGCUGUGAAUCAGUUGUCCAGAGUGCUGCAGGAAAAAAGUGAAGAGUACCAGCAGACUGGUGGUAAACCAUAUCUCUCUGUGAUCACGGGAAGAGGAAGCCAUAGCCAGGGAGGAGUUGCUCGCAUCAAACCAGCAGCUAUCAGAUACCUCACAAGCCACAACUUCAGGUUCACCGAAAUACAACCAGGCUGCCUGAAAGUCAUGCUGAAUUGAAGGGUUGUGAAGAGAAAAGGAAGAUAGAAACUGAGGUGUCAGAUUACAGCUAAAAACUUUUUAAACUACUACAAUAGUAUUUUGUAAUCUGUUUAAAGGACGAUAUUUUAUUAGGAAUUGUUUCAGUUUACAGUAAGUGGUUUUGUCAGUAUGUUUCCAAGAAAAUUUUGAUGUGGAAUGGAUCUCCUGCAAAAAGAUGACACUUACAGGAUUUGAAGUCUCGGAAAUGCAGAUAAGAAUUCUGCUGAGCAGUAUAUAAUGUUUUAAAAGGAAAUUAAGGUACAGGUUUCAAAUAUAACUGUCUUCUCAGCAUACACAGCCUAUGACAAUCUCUUGACCCUCAUGCAUCUUAAUUGCUCUGGAUUCUAUGCUUUUAAAACAUAGUACCUUGUAGGAAGUUAUCUUGUGAUUAGGAACCUUGCGCUAAACCCUUCAAAAGACACAGAGGAGGCAGGAACUAGGCAACUACUGAUAUUUGAAAUUCAGUGACAGUUUACUCCUAAAUACUCCUAGGUUUCUUUCAAAAGUCUGAUGUAGUCUUUUUGGGGGGUUAUUUUGUGAUAGAAUAGGCCAGUUCUGUUGUCUUUAUUCCAUUCUAAACUUCCUGAAAUUCAUGGAAGUUGCAUAUAAAGGACUCUGUAUUAAGACUAGCUGUGUGUUAAGUAAUUUUACAGACUUACUGUGAUCCGUUAAAAGGGAAAAUAUAACACUAUAGUUCCAUCUCUACUUACACAUAGCUAAUACUCUAACAUUAUAAUUUUGCAGGAAAUGCCCCAUUUUUUUCAACAUGUAUUUGAUGAAAAGUUUUUUUCCAUUCCCUUUUCAAAUGGAGUAAAAAGAGUACCUUUUCAUUUUACAGGUGUUUGUUAGUGAUGUCAUUUUUAGUCUGUGUGUAUUAUAUUUGGUACUUACCUUGCAGAAAAUACGAUGUUUGUCUGCAAGACAUUUUAAAUGUGUUUUUAACAUCAAAAUGAGUGCUAAUACUACAGUAGUAACUGUCUAACUGGACAAUCUGGGAGUGCAGAAGUUAUUCUGUUGGUGAUGGUGUCACAUCAGCAUCUGGAAACAUUAUUUUAAAAAAGCAAUUAAUAUAAAUACCUGUACUUUGGCAAGUGUUUCCAGUAAGCAGUCAGAACAUUUAUUUUCAUAGAACUAUCUUCUAGAAUGCAUUACUACUUUAAUAAUAUCUUUGGCUAUUGGAAGGUAUAAGAAUUCUUUACUACAAACCAUUUAAUUGUUGAUGUAGGGCUUUGUUUUUCAGAACAGAUAUGAGUUGUGUAUUAGGAAUAAUAUUAAUAGGUUGAGGAUUAAUGGGAGGGGUUUUAAUUUUUAAACCACUUUUUCAGUACAUUUUAUGCAGGAACUACAUACACACAGAAUUUGCAUAUGAAUCCAUAUAUGUGUGCAAGUCCUGCCAUUUGUGUGAAUAGGUAGUAAUAAGCAAGGAACUUCUGUGAGAAAAGCUGUGCACAGAAAUAGGCUUCCCUUGAAAAUGUAUCCAUAUAAGUUGCUGACAAACUGAAAGACAUGAUGUUUCCUGAAUGUCCUUAUUUUCUGUAAUAUAUACACAGUGAAUGGAAUGUACGGUAGACUUAAAAAUGAGCUUGUCAUGCUUUAACAGAUAAAAUUAUCUUUCUACAGUGGUUUCAAGUGGAAGAAUAGCUUGAAUAAUAUUUAAUCAAAGGGACUCUUACUAGAAUAAUAACCUUUGUAAUAAGUUUUAUAUUUUUUGUGGGUACUUAAUUCAUCCAAAUUCUGUCCCUUCACUUUUUCUUUCUUUCUGGGCUGCUCAGGUAAGCAGUGUUUGAAAUAUGAAAGAACUGUGCUCCCCGAACAGCGCUAGCAGAGCUCUGUUUGUGCCAUUGCAUGGUGACCUGUGUAGCAAAGCUCAUGCUCCAUCCUCUGUGACAGUACCUAAAAUGGACCGAGAUGUCCUUUAGGCAUUUAGACUCAAGACAGCAAUUCAGACACUAUCUGCUGUCCUGGAUUGCUGAUGCUAGAAUAGCCUAAACGGGGCUAGGAUCUUUGUUUUGGACAGUCCCUCUGUUCCUGAACAGAUAUUCCUGAGUGCUGCUUUCUGUAAUGAAUGGAUGUGCAGCUCUCUGGGGGCACCUACUUAAAGCACACUGUGCAUAGUCCCAUUGUGCAUAGUGGUUGGCCUGGAUGACUGGAUCAGCAGCGUUCCCCAUAUACGCUCGGAAGUGUCGCAUGUUGAGCUGUUGGGUACCUGAGCACUACCGUGAUGCACCUGUGAGCAGGGAAGUGUCUACACUUCUGCUUGUUCAGCAAGGGGGACUGAUUCACUCAGCAUGUUCAGAUCAUGCCUCACAUGGACAAAAACAGCUUAGAUUUCAGUUCAAAAGACAAGUAGAAAAAAUUGUCUUGCCCAUCUGUUCAUUGUAACCUAGUUGCUGAUGUGCUUACCCUGGAGGUGAGAAACAGCUUUUUACCCUCUUCUGACAUAGGAGGGGGAGGAUGGUUGCACUUGACUCUUCCUUCUGCAGAAAAUGCCCUAACCAGUGGGCUCAGGGGUGUUUUUGAAGAUGGCACUUUCUGAGCCUCUUUCGAAACUGCCACUGGCAGCUAAAAAUGCAAGAUUAAGGGAUUAAGGAGAUUAAAGAAUGCAAACUGCAUAAGCAGUCUCUGAAACAGGGACUAGGGCUCUUAGAGAAGACGCUUUUCCCACUGAGCUUCAGAUUCCCACCCUCAUAUUAUUUCCUCUCUUCAGCCCUGUUUGUUUGCAUAAAUGCAUAAAAAAUGUUGAGGGCAAAAACCUCAGCUCCAUCCCUUACUGUGAGAGUUUUCUUCCAUCUGUCAAAGUCAGUGGAAGAAUAUGUAGCUUAAGAUCAAUUAGUUUUUCUCUGCCUGCCUGCCUCCCUCCCUCUGUUGUCCUUUGGGGCACAUGUUUGCAUUCACUAAGGUGCUCUGAAUCCGUGGUUAUAGAUUUAUUAGUAAGCGUUGCAUUUGCUAAAUUGAGCAGUUAUAAAUUGCUUGAUUACAGGCUGAAUUUAGAUGAAGGAUUAUGGUUUAAAAUCAUAAUACAGGCAGAACCAGCCCUGCCUUUGUUGAAAUUAAAGGCAGAACUUCCAUCAGCUUCAGCAACUCAGGAUGAGGCACUGCAGUUCCCAUUCAGAGAAAGUAUGGUGAGCUCAGCCAUUUUCUUCAAUAGGACUUCAAGUGUGUGCUUAAAAUUUUGCUGAGCUGGAUACAGGAUGGAGCAGAUCAGGUCACGGAGAGCAAGUAGGUUUUUAUUAUUAAGAAUCUCCAAGCCUUGAACUAAUUGCCAAACUGUCCAGAAAAAACACUGGAAUUUUUAUACUUCUUUUGGCUCUAUUUAUAAUGUGUAGUGGGAUGAACUGUUUCAAAUAUAAUUGUUUGAAAAUGUUGUUUGAAUUUAUAUCACAUUUUAGAACUUACAGCCUUUCUGAUGUCUUUUGCAGUUAAUGAGAAUUCUGAGGUAUCAUGUAAAUUCCAUAUUUUCUUGUACUUUUAAUUGAAAAGAGCACAUAGCAGUAUUGACACCAGCACUCUGAAAUAAUAUGUGACUCUUGAUAUCUGUUCUUGUGUACCACUUCUUAUUUUAUUCUUCAACAGCAUGUGGUUGUGAUGGCUGGUAGCCUCUAAUAUGUGACUUUUGGUUUUUUAAAAAAAUACAUUUUAAUAUUCAGUCCAAUUUUUAAAUUACUAAGAUUAUCAUUUUUUUUCCCUAAGAGCGUCUAAUGCAUUGAUCAGUAGCCCUACAGUUGAAUAAACAACUGCAAAAACAAAACAACCCACAGGUGCAAUGGUAAAAAGUUAUUCUCCAAAGAGAUGUGUGUGUUAAUUUUUUUGUAUAUAUCCUUAUUUCCAUUGAUUAUGAAAGUAGUGAGGCAAAAAGUGAUUUUAAAAGAUUUUAAGAUACUUUAAAUAAUACUUUAAUAUUUUGAGGUCUUACUAUAAUAGUAUGUGGUUUGAUUUCUUUUAAACUUAGUGUUUUUCUUGGCCUGUUCAAGGACAUCUCAGGCAAAGUGUAGUUGGCGUUUUCUGUGGCUAUCAGAAACCAUUGUGACUUGGGAAUCCCCAUUCAGACAAUGUGCAGAUGCCAGUGUCUAACCUUGUAAGAACAUCAUUGUAAUGAGUAAGCAUAAGGUCAGGGGAGCUCUUUGCGUGCUCCACAGAACAUGUAUUCUACAUAAGGUUUUACCUGAAGACCUGAAAUUUAACCAAGUUGCUAUUUGCUCUUGCCACAGAAUAUAGUGGGUAGAUAAGAGAAUAAUCUCAUUGGUAAUAGCAAAGAAAGGUCAUCAUAAAUGUACUAUGAUAAAUUAUACAUAGACUUUACAUUACUGAUGCUUUUAUUUUCAAAUGCAGUUCACACUUCAGAAUAAUAUUGCCCUAUUUGCAAAGAUGAAGAGAGGACAGAGUAUGAACACUGAAAAAGAAGAGUUCUUUGACUUGCCACAAUUCCCGAUUACUUUCUCAUUAAAAAAAAUUAAACCCAAAACCUAGCUGUUUGUGCUGUUUCAGCUAAAUAAACAGUGCUGAGUAUUAAAUGACUAUGUAUGUGAAUAUGCAUGUGAAAAAACACAGUAUUGUAGCUACCAGUUGUAAAAGCUGUUAGGACCAGUACCUUGGAGAAUAUCAAUGUCUAUUUUUAAAUUAAAAUGAAAAAUGAUUUUUUAUUUGUAUAAAGUUGUAAUUUUGCUGUUCACUAUAACUUUCAUUUUUUUACUGGAAUACAAUUUUGUAAUUUGCAUUUAGAAUUUCUAAUGUCAAAAGGAAUUUACUGAAUCUAGUUUAAUAAAGGAAUUUUACCACAA